AUGGUACUUACGCCUGCGCUUGCUAGUGCCAUGCUAGCUUUCACCCCCUUCGCAUCUGCCGCGCUGUACGACCAGGUCAUCCAAACCAACAAUGGACCUGUCCAGGGUUAUGCCGCAUUCAACUCCACCCCAACCGGGGGACUAACUCACUGGAAGGAUAUCACCGUGUGGAAAGGCAUUCCCUUCGCCGCCACGACCGCAGGCGAGAACCGUUUCAGGGCCCCACAGCCUGCAAGCUCAUGGAAUGAGACUUUAGAUGCGCGCUCUUGGGGCAAUGUUUGCCCUUCCGCUACCUCAGGAAGUGACUACACCAUCGACGAAGACUGCCUCAACCUGAACAUCUGGAGUGCAGCUAAUUCGACGAAUGCGAAGCUCCCAGUCGUCAUGUGGAGCUACCCCGCCGGCUCCACAGCUGCCGAUUCCCUGUUCGAUGGAGGUGGUAUCGCCGACAAGGGGAUCGUGUAUGUCAACUACAACUACCGCACCGGUUCUUUCGGCUGGCUCGCAACCCCCGAGUUGUCCGCAGAGUUUGCCAAGGAGUCCGGUUCCACCAGCUCUGGCAACUGGGGUGUGCUGGAUCAAAUUGCUGCUGUCAAAUGGAUCCAUAAGAAUAUCGCCGCCUUUGGUGGUGAUCCCGAUCAGAUCACUGUUAUGGGUCAAUCUGCUGGCUCGGCUGCUACCCAGCACAUCCUCAACAGCCCUUUGACUAAGGGCCUUAUCAAGGGUGCUAUUAUCGAGAGUGGUGUGCGCGAUCCCCGGGAUCCCCUCUGCUCCAGUCUGGCGGAGAACUAUCUCACCUUGGAGGCAGCCGAGGCACAGGGAAAGAAGUACCUGGCCAGCCUGAACGUCAGCACUAUCACAGAAAUGCGCGCACUUCCUCAGAGCGACCUGAUCACCGGACUUGCAUUGUUUGGCAGCAGCUCUGAGUUCCAGUUCACCGCAACCCUGGAUCACUACGCCAUCCCCGAUACCUACUGGAACACCCUCAAGAAGGGACUUGCCCAUGACGUCCCCGUAAUCACCGGCAACACGAAAGAUGAAAACGGCGCCACAUACGGUCUCAACAUCAGCAUGACCACCUACCUCAGCGACCUAAACUCAACCUUCAGCGGCGAGUGGCCGCAGAAAUUCCUAGCCGCCUACCCAGCUCACGACUCCACCACCGCCUCAGGGGCCUACAACUCGCAAUUCACCGACCGCUCCAAGGUCGGCACGUGGUUUUGGGCUCGUCUAUGGGCAUCUGCGCGCACCAGCCCGGUCUACACUUAUAUCUGGGACCAUGCCCCGCCCGGUGGGCAGGGAGCGCCGCACGAGUCUGAGAUCAACUACGUUCACAACAAUCUAUAUGCUACGGAUAAGGACUGGACAAAGACUGAUUAUGCGGUUGCUCAGAAGAUGAACAGUUACUGGGUCAACUUUAUCAAGACUGGAAACCCUAACGGGGGUGGAUUGGCGCAGUGGUACCCGGCUAAUGUUACGCAGACUGUGCAGCAUGUUGGUAAUGGGUGGGGACCUAUUCCUAUUGCUUCCAAGUCGAAGGUCGCGUUAUUUAAGGCUUGGUUCUCGACCUUGCAUAAGUAUUAG